CGCAGGCGCGGCCGCCCUCGGUCGUCCUCUGCUGCGGGCGAGCUAGGCCCCGGGACCCAGGCGGAGGCCGGGGCAGCGCGUCCGACAGCGGAGCCCGUCGAGCGCCGCCAUGCCGGAUAGCUGGGACAAGGACGUGUACCCCGAGCCCCCGCGCCGCACACCAGCGCCGUCGCCGCAGACCUCGCUGCCCAACCCCAUCACCUACUUGACUAAGGCCUUCGACCUCCUCGUGGACCGGCCCGUGACCCUCGUGAGAGAGUUUAUAGAGCGGCAGCAUGCAAAGAACAGGUCUUACUACUACCACCGGGAGUUCCGCCGCGUGCCAGACAUCACCGAGUGCAAGGAAAAGGACAUCUUGUGCAUGUUUGAAGCAGAAAUGCAAUGGAGAAGAGACUACAAAGUCGAUCAAGAAAUUGUCAACAUUAUCCAGGAAAGGCUGAAGGCCUGUCAGCAGAGGGAAGGUGAGAGCUACAAGCAGAACUGUGCCAAGGAGCUGGAGCAGUUCACCCAGGUGGCCAAGGCCUACCAGGACCGCUAUCACGACCUUGGGGCCCAUUAUUCUGCCAGGAAGUGCCUGGCAAAACAGAAGCAGAGGAUGCUAGCAGAGAGAAAAGCCGCUAAAGAGGCAGCUGCUGCCUGAGGCAGCCCCCUCACACGACUACGGCCAUUACUAAAAUAAAGAGUAACAAAAGCUG